AUGGCGGACAAAUUCGCCACCGCUCAUGCAGGGACGAAGAAGGCUGAAGCUAGGGUCAAUGAUAUCUUCGUCGUCAGACAAACGACAGGUGAGGGACUUCAGGAUUUCCUGGCCCGAUUCAAUAGAGUAAGGAUGAGCCUACCAAACGUGUCAGAAGGGAUGGUAGUACCAACCUUUCAAAAUGGGUUAAACAGGAGCAGAUCAAAAGCGACCAAAAAACUGCUCAGCAGACUCAUGAAGUAUCCCCCUACCACAUGGGAAGAAAUUCACAACGCCUACUGUGCCGAGGUAAGGGCAGAUGAGGAUGACCUGAACGGGCCACUUCAGCGAUUAACGCCGGUCCAAACCAAGACAAGGAGAGAUCGACAGAUAGUGUACGCACUGGAGAAGCUGGGCACGAAGGUACAAUGGCCGCAAAAAAUGAAAUCGGACCCAAGCACCAGGAGGUCCAACGUCCUAUGCGAAUUCUACCAAGAAAGAGGACAUAAUACCGAGGAUUGCAUAGGUCUACGACAAGAAGUAGUCAGGAUGCUGAACCAGGGGUAUCUGAAAGAACUGUUGAGCGACAUGGGAAGAGCCAACUUCGCCCGAGGACGUGACCCAUCUCAAGGACCUCCAAAACCACCGUCGCCAGCACGCACCAUACAGAUGAUCAUCGGCGGUUGUGACGACACG